UGUGUUUCAGCGUGGCUCAGAUGGCGAGGCGCUGUUCGCUCUUGUAAGUGCUGAUCUGUCCAUCGAAGAGCGCGAGUAUUUUUCCCUCUGCUUCUACGACACUGAGGGAACAAGACAUUGGCUGUACAAUGACAAAAAAAUACUCAGACAGCUCAAAGGCCUUCCGUGGGAGUUCUGUUUCGAGGUCAAAUUCUAUCCGACCGUACCAUCUUCACUUAAUGAUGAUCAUGCACGAUAUAACCUUUUCCUCCAGUUGAGAAAUGAUGUUUGUACUGGGAGACUGCCAGCAACCAUAGAGACACAUGCUACACUAGGUUCGUUAGUGGCUCAAGCCGAAUUCGGUGAUGCUAAGCCAACUGCUGAAUACGAACAAUACCUGCGCUCAACUAAAUUUGCUCCACAACAGAGCGAUCAACUUAUUGAGAUGAUAGCGCAAAAGCAUAAGGAGCAC